AUGGUCCUUCCACCCAACACCACGCCCAAUCCCGACCCUAUCGCCAUCUUCCUCCCCGCCAUGUCUUCGGCCGCUGCUGAAUCAACCUCAUCUGAGGUACCGGGCCCGGGUCCGGCGCCCCCGGCCGCGACCCCUCUCCCCGUUCACCUAAAGUCACCGGAUCAGCAUGCACCAGUCCCCGCCGCCGAUCACCCUCGUCCCGUCCCGGACUUCGACCUUCCCAAGCUCCGUCUCGAGAUCCGCGACCUGAACGACUCGGCUGCAAUCCACUUCCUUUCCGCCGUGAACGCCAGCAUCGCCCUGUCAACCGCCGUCCGAUCUGUUCUCACCCUUCUCUACGAGUCACCUUCCUGCCACAACACCCACGUCCCGCCCACCCGCUCCGUCACACUGAUCCUCCGUCACAUGGGCGGCGUCGCCUAUACCACAGGUUCCGACCUCGAUGACGAUCAUAAGGAAAUCCACUUCUCCUUGUCCUAUAUUGCGGGGAUCCCCGCCGAGCGCCGCACCGACGAGAUCAUGGGCGUGCUCACCCACGAGAUGGUACACUGUUUCCAGUACAAUGCCCACGGCACCUGUCCCGGCGGGUUGAUUGAGGGUAUUGCCGACUGGGUCCGUCUCAAUGCGCACCUGAGCCCACCCCACUGGAAACGUGACGCAAGCGGAAACUGGGACGGCGGCUACCAGCACACGGGCUACUUCCUCGACUACCUCGAGGGGCGCUUCGGCAAGGGCACCGUGAGAAGGAUCAACGAGAAGCUCCGCACCCAGCGCUACACGGAGAAGGAAUUUUGGACGGAGAUGUUGGGCAGGCCAGUCGAGCAAUUAUGGAAAGAUUACGGGGACAAGAUGAAGGAGGAGGAGACUGUGAUAGUCAACAAGGACGACAUUUCUGACGAUGACGUAAGAUUGGGGAGGAUCAGAGCUGCCGAUGAGGUUUUACAGUGA